AUGGGUGACAGCUCGUCGAAGGUUUGGAUGUACGACCAGGAGGACAUCACUGCCCGUACCCCCAAAGGGCGCUACUCCCACGAUUCUUUGAGUUGCUCCCCAUGGAGUGAUGACUCCGAUGUCACUCCGAUGUGGCGACCUUGCUCAGACACGGACACCGUCAUUAUUUUUGACUGGGACGACACACUCUUGUGUAGCUCAGCCAUCAAUGCACAGCAGUGGCGCCAAGAUCAGUUGGAGCAGCUGGAGUCUAUGGUAGAGUCAAUUCUUGAGACAGCGAUGCAUUUGGGUGAGACCAUGAUCGUGACAAACGGCAAUGCCUCUUGGGUGCAGGAUAGUGCUCGUCGAUUUCUGCCAAACCUACACAAGAUCCUCAGCCGAGUGACAGUGAUGUCAGCUCGGGCAAUUUAUGAGCAGUCCUUCCCUGGAGAUCCUUUUGCAUGGAAGCGGCAGGCAUUCAGGGAGAUUUUGGCCCGCCGACGUCAAGAAGGCUACCACCCGGACGGAGUCAACCUCAUUGUUUUGGGGGACUCGCCUGCAGAGAUCCAGGCUGCCAAGUCAGCGACAAAGGUGCUGUCCGGCAGGUCCAUGGUCAAGACGGUGAAAUUUAAAGAGGCUCCUUCUGUGAAUGAGUUGUUGGGCCAACUUCGCCGUGUUGUUCAAGAGCUCGCUGCCAUCGUACAGGAGGACCACAGCCUCAAUCGAGGGCUGGUACAGCGCACAUUCCCGGGAAGCAUGGAUCAGCUCUCAUCUUGGGCCUCCGGCUGGAGGAUUUCGGAGACAGAGACAUGGGAUAGCUAUUCCCGAAUGGCUGCGACUCUGCUGGUGGGUGCUUAA